AUGCAGAUCGGCCGGGCCCACCUCACUGAGUCGGAGAGUUACAACGUCGGUCAGCAAACCUGUGCCUGUAUUGUGGGCGUCCGGGUCACUACAUUGCCUCCUGCCCCGCCCGUCCGCCAAAAGGUCCGGCUCGCCAGUGACGGGGGAUCUGCUGGUGAGCCGUACUACUACUUCGCCCCCACAACGUCUCCAAGUGGCCAUAACCCUGUGUUGGCAGCGUCAGCCUAUCCCUCUUCUAGCCCUGGUGGAUUCUGGGGCUGAAGAGAAUUUCCUGGACUCUCGCCUGGCGUCCCAGCUCGGCAUUCCCACAGAAACUCUUGACGCGCCCCUGGAGGCUCGUGCUCUGAACGGACUCCACCUGGCCCAAGUCCGCCAUAAGACUGUUCCGGUCUCCCUGGUGGUGGGGGGCAACCACCAUGAGACAAUUUCCUUCCACCUCAUCGACCAGUCUAGUCCACCCUUGGUUCUUGGGUUCCCUUGGCUCCAGGUCCAUAAUCCCCACAUUGACUGGCAGCAGGGGGAGAUCCGUUCUUGGAGCCGGGAGUGCUACCAACGUUGCCUGACAUCUGCCCUGACUCCUGAAACUCGAGCCAGCCCCCGGGCCCUACCUUCCGAACCCCUCAACCUGGACCUUGUACCUUCUGUGUACCACGAUCUGGCCAUGGUUUUUAGCAAGGAUCAAGCCCUGUCUCUGCCCCCACACAGACCCUACGACUGUGCUAUAGACUUACUUCCCGGAGCUACACUACCCCGUUGCAGACUGUACAACCUGUCUAGACCUGAACAGGCCACCAUGGAGUCCUACAUCCGCGAUUCUCUGGCGGCUGGCAUCAUCCGCCCCUCUUCAUCCCCUGUCGGCGCUGGAUUCUUUUUUGUCUCCAAGAAGGACAAAUCCCUCCGUCCCUGCAUAGACUUCCGGGGCCUCAAUGACAUUACUGUUAAGAAUACUUACCCCCUUCCCCUAAUCAAUUCUGCCUUCACCCCGCUGCAUGGAGCCUCUGUCUUCACCAAACUGGAUCUUAGAAAUGCCUACCACCUCAUCCGAAUCCGGGAGGGCGACGAGUGGAAGACCGCCUUCAAUACUCCCCUGGGACACUUUGAAUACCUGGUCAUGCCCUUCGGCCUCACUAACGCCCCCGCAGUUUUCCAGAACCUCAUCAACGACGUCUUGAGGGACAUGCUCAAUCGGUUCGUCUUCGUCUACCUGGAUGACAUCUUAAUAUACUCCCGAAACCUUGAAGAACACGUCUGCCAUGUCCGCCAGGUCCUCGAACGUCUCCUCCAGAACCGCCUCUUCGUCAAGGCAGAGAAAUGCGAGUUCCACGCAUCCACUGUGGCUUUCCUGGGAUUCAUCAUCUCCUCCGGGGAGGUCAAGAUGGACCCAUUAAAGGUGGAGGCAGUGACUGAGUGGCCCCGUCCCGAAGACCGGAGACAGCUUCAGCGCUUCCUUGGUUUUGCAAACUUCUACCGCCGUUUCAUCCGAAAUUACAGCUCUGUUGCAGCCCCCCUGACCACCCUCACUUCCACCACCAAGAUCUUUUGUUGGACCCCUGAAGCAAACAAGGCCUUCUCUGAGCUGAAGCAACGCUUUGUUUCGGCGCCUAUCCUGAUCCAGCCAGAUCCCGAGAGACAGUUCAUCCUGGAGGUGGAUGCCUCGGACACCGGGGUAGGGGCAGUCCUGUCCCAGCGGGCUGCAACAGACCAAAAACUACACCCCUGUGCCUUCUUCUCACGGCGUCUUACCCCCGCAGAGAGGAACUAUGAUGUCGGAGAUCGCGAGCUGUUGGCCGUCAAGCUCGCUCUGGAGGAAUGGCGGCAUCUGUUGGAGGGUGCCCUGCAGCCUUUCAUCGUGUGGACAGACCACAAGAACCUGGAAUACAUCAGGUCGGCCAGGAGGAUGAAUUCCCGCCAGGCCCGCUGGUCCCUCUUCUUCAGCCGCUUCAACUUCUCCAUCACUUAUCGCCCCGGGUCCAGGAACACCAAGCCUGAUGCCCUGUCCCGUCAGUUCUCCGGAGAGAACGCCCUGCCAGACCCAGAACCCAUCUUGCCCCAGACUCGCAUUGUCGCCUCCCUCACUUGGGAGGUUGAGGCCCAAGUACUCCGGGCCCUAGAACAGCAACCUGACCCCGGAGGCGGUCCCCCAAACCGCCUGUUUGUCCCAGAAGCCGUCCGCCCGCAGGUCCUCAUGUGGGGGCAUACCUCUAAGUUCGCCUGUCAUCCCGGAUCUGCCCGCACCUUAGAGGUCCUCCGGCAACGGUUCUGGUGGCCCACCAUGGAGGCAGACACCCGUGAGUUCACCCUGGCCUGCUCCGUCUGUGCCCGCAACAAAACGUCCAAUCAACCCAGCUCCGGAUUCCUGCGGCCGCUUCCCAUUCCCAGGAGACCCUGGUCCCACAUUGCAGUGGAUUUUGUCACAGGCCUCCCUCCUUCCCAGGGCAACACCGCCAUAUUAACCAUUGUCGACCGGUUCUCCAAAUCUGCCCAUUUCCUUCCCCUGCCCAAGUUACCCACAGCCAUUAAGACUGCAGAUCUUCUGGUCUCUCAGGUUUUCAGGAUUCACGGCAUCCCUUCCGACAUAGUCUCCGACCGUGGUCCCCAGUUCACGUCAGAGGUGUGGAGGGCGUUUUGUAAGGCUCUGGGGGCCACGGUCAGUCUCUCUUCUGGUUUCCACCCACAAUCAAACGGCCAGACGGAACGGGCCAAUCAGUCUCUAGAGACUUUCCUACGCUGUGUGGCCUCAGAACACCCUACGACCUGGAGCAAUCAACUCCCCUGGGUGGAGUACGCUUACAACUCCCUGUCUAACUCUUCCUCUGGACUGUCCCCCUUCCAGUGCGUCCUGGGAUACCAGCCCCCCUGUUUCCAGCUUCUGAAGAGGAGAUUGUCAUACCCUCGGUGCAAAGCUUCGUCAGGAGGUGCAAACGAACUUGGAGGAAGGUUCGGGUCGCCCUCCGCCGGGCCUCCUUGAGAAUGGAGCAACAGGCCAACCGUCGCCGUUCCCCUGCUCCUGCCUACGCCCCGGGCCAGAAGGUUUGGCUCAGGGCCAAGGAUCUCCCACUCCGGGUGGAGUCAAAGAAGUUGGCCCCACGCUUUGUCGGUCCGUUCGAGGUGGAGAGGGUCAUUAACCCCGCUGCCGUCCGGCUUAAGCUGCCCCGGUCCAUGAAGAUUCAUCCCACGUUCCAUGUUUCGCAGCUGAAGCCGGUACGGGAGAGUCCUUUGGCCCCACCCGUCCAUCCCCCUCCUCCGCCCAGGAUAGUGGACGAUGGGCCAGUCUACACUGUCAGUCGCUUGCUGGAUGUCCGUCGGCGGGGUAGAGGGGUCCAGUUCUUGGUCGACUGGGAGGGAUAUGGGCCAGAGGAGCGCAGCUGGGUUCCCCGUCGCCAGAUCCUGGACCACACGUUGGUCAGCGACCUCUACCGCCGCCACCCAGAGAAGCGCCUUCGUGCACCUGGAGGUGCACGUAGGGGGGUACUGUCACGCCCUCUACUUCUAGGGCCAGAUAGGGGCAGCCUCUCUUUUCUCUUCUCCCCCCUCCCUCUUCUCUUUCUCCCUCUCUCUAAGCAGGUGUUGGUGUGAUGCAGCUUCAGGGCGGACAGGUGCAGCCACUUACUAAUCAGCGGAUCGAUCCGUGUGGCGGGGAGAGGAGCGCUCUCAUUCAUUCACCCGCUGCCAUAAAAACCAGACGCUUCCCACAACCCGACGCUGGACCGUAACCUGAAAAUCCCUUGCCCACUCCGCCUGCUCUUCCCGUCUGCGUACCCAGCUCUCCUGCUCUUCAUCCCAGCUCCGUCCAGGACGCCGCCUCACGCCAUCACCACCUGCCUCUCUCCCUCCAGUCGGAGUUCACGGACUGCCUGCUCACUCACUCUCUCGCUAGCUCUGGUAGUACCCGACCCUGUCUCGCGUUUUGCAGACAGCGCUUUUUGUUAUUUGUUCUGA